CGCGGUGCUGCUUUUGGGUGAGCAGGGAAGGUGCUGGGGACUUGGGGCACUUCGCUUCAGCCUCCGGUCUCGCCAUGCCGCCGCCGCCGGGCCAGACCCAGCUCCCGGACUGGGAUGGCCUGAAGCUUCGCGUGCAGACCCUCAUCGCCUCCCACCGCGUCAUGAUCUUCAGUAAGAGCUAUUGUCCCUACUGCAAUAAGGUUAAAGAACUCUUCCGCUCCCUGCAUGUGGAGUACUACGCUUUGGAACUUGAUAUCACUGAUGAUGGGCCCAGUAUUCAGCAAGUAUUAGCAGAACUGACUAAUCAGAGGACAGUGCCUAAUGUAUUUGUGAAUGGAACUCACGUAGGCGGCUGUGAUGCAACUUACCAGGCUUAUCAGAAUGGAUCACUGCAGAAACUUCUUGGUGAUAGCAAAGAUAUAGAACCCUAUGAUUAUGACCUCAUUAUUAUUGGUGGAGGAUCAGGUGGACUUGCAUGUUCCAAGGAAGCUGCUACCUUGGGGAAGAAAGUAAUGGUAUUAGAUUAUGUUGUUCCAACGCCCCUUGGAACCUCGUGGGGACUUGGUGGCACGUGUGUAAAUGUAGGCUGCAUUCCUAAGAAGCUAAUGCAUCAAGCAGCACUUCUGGGUCAGGCUCUCCAAGAUUCAAGGAAAUACGGGUGGCAGUAUGAUGAGCAAGUUAAACACAACUGGGAGGUCAUGGUAGAAGCAGUUCAAAACUACAUUGGCUCUUUGAACUGGGGUUACCGAGUGUCCUUAAGAGAGAAGUCUGUGACAUACAUCAAUUCCUAUGGAGAAUUUGUGGAACCACACAAAAUUAAGGCAACUAAUAGAAAAGGACAAGUAACCUAUCACACAGCAGAGACUUUUGUGCUGGCAACUGGAGAAAGGCCUAGAUAUCUGGGUAUCCCUGGAGAUAAAGAAUACUGUAUUACAAGUGAUGACCUCUUCUCCCUGCCUUACUGCCCUGGCAAAACUCUAGUUGUGGGUGCAUCUUAUGUGGCUCUAGAGUGUGCAGGAUUUCUUGCUGGUCUAGGGCUAGAUGUCACAGUGAUGGUGCGUUCUAUCCUCCUGCGGGGCUUUGACCAGGAAAUGGCAGAAAGAGUAGGGGCUCACAUGGAAACACACGGUGUGAAGUUCAUCAGGAAGUUUGUACCUGUUCAGGUCGAACAGUUGGAGCAAGGCAUGCCUGGAAGGCUGAAAGUGACAGCAAAGUCUACUGAGGGAUCAGAAUUCUUUGAAGAAGAAUAUAACACUGUUUUGAUAGCUGUUGGUCGUGAUGCAUGUACCAGAAAUAUUGGUUUAGAGACAAUUGGUGUGAAAAUCAAUGAGAAGAAUGGAAAAGUACCUGUAAAUGAUGAAGAACAAACCAAUGUGCCUUAUGUUUAUGCUAUUGGAGAUAUAUUGGAAGGAAAGCUUGAACUUACUCCAGUUGCCAUUCAAGCAGGGAAACUGCUAGCCCAGAGGCUUUAUGGUGGUAGUUCCAAAAAGUGUGACUAUAUCAAUGUACCAACGACAGUGUUUACUCCUUUAGAGUAUGGCUGCUGUGGGCUAGCUGAGGAAAGAGCGAUAGAAGAAUAUGGAAAGCAAAAUCUGGAGGUUUAUCACAGUUUGUUCUGGCCACUCGAAUGGACAGUACCAGGCAGAGAUAACAAUACUUGUUAUGCAAAGAUUAUCUGCAAUAAACAGGACAAUAAUCGUGUGAUAGGAUUUCACGUUCUUGGUCCAAAUGCCGGUGAAGUUACCCAAGGCUUUGCUGCUGCAAUAAAAUGUGGUGUCACCAAAGAAUUACUUGAUGAAACCAUUGGUAUCCAUCCAACCUGUGCAGAGGUGUUCACUACCAUGGAUAUUACAAAAUCUUCAGGACAAGACAUCACUCAAAGAGGCUGCUGAGGUUAAAUCUGCUGUUUUACAUGUUUUCAUGUUGUACACUCUGGGUUCUGUGGAAGCCCUGAGUACAACCAGCUGCUCUGCAGCAAAAUACUUGCAUCAGUACCGCUGUAUGUACUGCAGCUGGCAUGGUGCCUUUGUGUGGCUUCCUCAGUGAACAGUGUUGCAAAUGGAAACAGUAAUAACAGCAGGGAAACCUUGAACUGUAAAUCCUGACUUUGCUUGGAAUCAGCACUUUCUGUGCUUUUUUGACGUUGUAGCUCAGAACCUUAUUGUGAGGUGAGCUACAACUGAUGGCUGCCAUGCAAAGUUGGGAGAUCUCUUCGUCUGGUCAGAUGACUAAACUCCUGAAGGAAAUUCUUAAAGUUGCACAAGUUAAAGCUAAUGCUCCUAAGCUCCAGUGUCUUGUACAAAUGCCUGAGAGAGAAGACAAAUGAUCGAAAGAUUCUUCCCAGCAGUUUUCAGUUGAUUGCUUUAUCUCUUUUGAUGCAUUUUGUUUUACUUCAUUGUAUAUUCAGUUGAGUCAAGAUGGCACAAAUAGUGUUGACUAGGGCAGUUCAAGCACUAGUCUCCCAGCUCAACCAGACUAAAACUUCAAAGUAAUCUAAGACAUCACUGUUGUUAACAUUCAUAGUUGUCUGACUUCAGGUGACAUGUCUUCAAGAGAGAAGUUUCAGCCGUAGACCCCUUGUUGGUCAGGGUUGAAGAGCAGAAGAGCAAAGUCUUGUCAGUUUGCUCUUGCUGUUUGUGACUAUUUAGUGCUAAUACUCUCAAAUCUGGUUUCAGCUCUGUAACGUAAAGCAUCAGAGAACCCAGAACUGUAAAUCUGGAGUACUGAAGCCUUGGAGGAGCAGGAUCUGAGAGUAUCUGUGCCACUGAUACAGUAGAUGCCUGCCCAUGACGAUCAUAAGCAUUGUAUAGAAUUCCUCUUUGAAGCAUGUGUCGGAGCUGAGAACAAUGACUUGAUGUGCUGUCAUGCUUUAUCUGGCGUUGUGUACAGUCAGUACUCUGUGGAAGCUUUCUUCCACCCCUAGCAUUCUGCUCUGGGGGAAUUGUGCUUGAAUUUGGCUCUUAGUUUUGUCCAAAGAGAUGUUUUUGAAAGACUGUUCUGAACGUUGUAUAAUAGUAAACAGUUUUUAAUUAUUUAAUCUAUGAUGUACCAUGGAAUUUGAAGUUCAAUAAACAAUGCG